AUGGAGGGCUCCUUCGACCUCGGAGAUCUGAUGGACCUCGACCGCUCCUUCAAGCCGCCUGUCAAAGAGGAGAAGGAGAAGAUCCUCCCGCUUAGGAACUUAGCUGGUCACAUGUUCGUCCCCGUCAGUUUCGACCUCACCACAGCGACACCCCUGCAGGGCCGGAUGCAGCGCCUGGAGCACAUUCUCAAAAGUAUCGAGUUUCACCGCCAGGGGUCGAGAGAGAAUCUGUACUACAUGUUUGAUCGCGAGAAACAGCGGCUUAUCAACGAGGCUGAAGAGGCCGAGAAUAAGCUCGGUCAGGACUACCGCCCUGCUCUCACGCCGCAGGAGGAGGAUUCCUUCUUGGCGAGUGUCAGCGCCCCGGCUGAUCCGAAUAAGGAUUACAAUGUCAAGUCGGAAGCUGUGCUGCCGUUGAAGCAGGCUAUCAGGCCGGAGCCGGCGGACAAGCCGUUGCCGGUGAGGGAGAAGACGGUGAGGGACUUGAUGUUUUUGAUUGAGAGCUCGAUCAGUGAGCUGGACAGCUUUGAGAAUGCGAUGAAGGGCAUCAGGGACAAGUAUGCGGUGUAUAAGGCGACGGGUUCAACUGUUAACGGCGUCCGGGUUUCCGGGGGUGCUGUUGGGAGCGAUAAGAGACACCGUGGAUCGGGAGAUCACUCAUUGGAUGUGUCUGGGACACCUUUGGCUUCGGGGGAGGAGAAAGAUUUGGACUUGGCAAAGACAUUUUCAGAACUGGCGAAGCAGGAGUCUUCGGCCACGAGACAGCAGGGCUUGAUCACACCGAGACAGGUGUUGCUGCGAUCAAAACAUGUACCAUCAUCAUCACCAUUGUCAAAGAUCACUUCGUUGACAGAGGAUGAAACCUCGCUUUCGUCAAGCACAGCUACACCCUCGCCAGCACAGGCUUCAUUGAUGCCGGAACAAAUCUCGCAUCUGUCAAAGAAAGCCUCACCGUCGGCGGCACAGACUUCGUUGACGCAAAAGCAAAUCUCGAUUCGGUCGACGAAGACCCUACCCUUGACAACACCAGGUCCAUUGAUGACAAAAGUGGCCUCCAUGCCGUCUAAAAAGGGUACAUCUUCUACAACACAAUCCCCCUUGCUGACAAAGACGCCUUCAUCACCGUUUGAAACGGCGACAGCCUCACCCCGCUCAACAACGCCAGCUCCUCAGAGAACCAUCCAGAACCACACCAACAUCACUCCCCAAUCUGGCAACAGCGGUCUUCCCCGAAAACAAACCUACAUGUUGCCUACCGAAUCCUCGACCAAAAAGAAGAGAUCGAUAAAGUCGUCCAGUCUCAAGCCUGUCGCCAUCUCUCCCACUCCAGCUGUCCCUAGCCCUUCCAGCUUGUCUACACCGACGAUGGUAACCACCCGACCCAACCUGCCUAUCUCUAGCUGUUCGACGGGACUGGACAAACUCGGAUCCCUCUCCAUCAGCAACGACCUCCCCCAGAAGCGGUUGGCUGAUGUUUUAUCUCCGCAGCACAGUGGUGAUGAUGAAGCGGUUGGAAAGCGGUCGCCGGUGAAGAAGAGCAGACCGAGUAUAGAGACAGCUAGUGGUGCUGAGACAGAAACACCACCACCAGGCACUGGCAGUUCAAGCAAGAAGAGGGUUGUCAAGAAGAGGGUUGUCAAGAAGAAGGGGAUGCCUCCAAACUCGAACUGUUUGGCGACGAUCUUUGCUAAUGCGAGUAAUGUUGUUGGGGAGGAGAGGGAAGGGGAGAAGAAGAAGGGGUAUGAGACUUUGAGUCCGAGGGCGAGGAGGGCGGCGCAGGAGCGGCAAUGGAGGGAGGUGAGGGAGGAGAGGGAGAGGGAGAGGGAGGAGGAGGAGGAGAGAAAGAGGGAGGUGGAAGGGAAACGAGGGUUUGGGAGGGAGGGGGGGAGGUUGUGUGGAGAUAGAUGA